UGGGCGCGGGGCCAAGAAACACCAUGCACGACCCUUCCUCCCCUCACCAAGGCCAAGGAUGCUGCCUCUCCGUCACCGGCGCCUAAAUCACCCGUCUAUAUUAGUACCCGCGAAAGACACUUAAUAAUGCUUACCUUGGCGCCGAGGAGUUAGUCUGCAAGGAAGGGUGCGAGGGAGAGCCCGUGCUGCUGUCCGUCUACAGAGCGCGUGGACGAGGGUAGAAUCUGUAAUGUGCUUGCCCUUCAUCUAUCAGGAGUAUUCUUUGCUUGGUCCCCACGGCAACUGCAAGAUAAUAAAAGCCAAUUCUGAGUUGAGCUGUCCACGUCUGGUCCUCGCAUGAAAGAACCAGUAGGAUUUAGAAACGUCGCGGGUGUAGAGUGUGUUGUAGAAGCUCUCCGUCUCUCAUGGAUUCUUCUUUAUCUGCAAGCAAAUAAGUGCAGGCUCUGAGUCUUCGUACUAAAGAAGCAGUAUAGUAUAGAAACGUGGCGGCUGGAGAGUGCGUUAAACAAGCUCUCCGUCUCUCAGGAUACUUCUCUACCUGCUUCCCACGGCAACUGGAAACAAAUAAGUGCAGGCUCUGAGUCUUCGUAUGAAAGAAGCAGUAAAAUAGAGCAACGUGGCGAGUGUAGAGUGCGUUAUACAAGCUCAGGAUUCUUCUCUAUCUGGCUCCCACGGCAACUGCAAGCAAAUAAGUGCUCGUUCGGAGUUUCGAAAUGUACAAGUCCUCGUAUGAAAUAAACAUUUGAAAGUAGAAACGUGGGGAGCAUACCUGAUCUACGCCUCGCAGGAAAUCCUAGCAACUACCAACAGCGCCUGCAAGCAAACAAACGCCGGCUCUGAGUUGAACCUACGUCUGGUCCUCGUAUGAAAGACCCACUAGAGUAUUGAAACGUGGCGAGUGUAGAGUGUUAUACAAGCUCUACGUCUCUCAGGAAACUCUAUUAACAACUUUCCACGGCAUCUAAACGUUUAGUGACCUAUGUUUGGUCUUCCCCUCUAAGAAAGAGUAAAGAAUAGCAACGAGGGUACACUACUGGCCUACAUAUUGGCACUCUUUUACCUGCUUUGAACAUGGUAUGCCAACGAUGUGCUUUCAGUGAGAGAGACCGAGAGUGUUCAGUGCAAACGGACACUCUGAACCACAUAUCCCUUCCCUGAGUUAGUGCUUUGAAAGGCUGUGAGCGCGAGGAAUUACAGAACGAAGAGCCAGCCACUUCAAGUCAUAUUCCUCACACGACAUCGAAAACAACAUUAUAAAAAAGCCAUAUAGUACUCUUCCCUGACUUAGUGUUGGAAAGGACAUAAGCCCGACAAUACAGAGUGAACAGCCAGCCCCUUACAACCAUAUUCCCCCCCCCCCCCCAAGACUUCGAAAAUACAUUAGAAAAAAGCAAUAGAGUACCCUUACUUGACUUAGUGUUUUGAAAGGUUGUGAGCGCGAGAAAAUACAGAGCAAGCAACCUCCCGAGACUUUGAAAACUUGGAGAAGGCUAAAGUACGUCCGUCUGUGUUGUUAGUUCACGGCAGACAGACUCUUCAAAGACUCCCACCUUUCCUGAGUAUAGAAAUUAAAAAGGAAAGCUCUGUUAAAAUACGUUUCUGCAUAAGGGAGAGUAACCGACAAUUGAACCCUUCCCUUACCUAUAAACACAAGGAAAUACUUUGAAUCACGAACUUCUGAAGGAAUAUACGGUGAAAACAGGCAACCUUACCCUUUCCUAAGCUACCCCAACAAGAAAAAGCUAAGGAAAGGCUCUGAAUAACAAACUCGUGUACUGUAAGGCAAGGAACGGUACGGAUUGACAACUGUACCCUUCCCUUACCUACCCCAACAAGGAGAGGCUGAGGCAAGGACCUGAACAACAACCCUCUAUUCUGUAAGGGAGAUUAGAGGUAGUACUGUCAUAAUUUUUGUACUUCGACGAAAAGGAGACUAUAAUCGGGUUCUCACGAGUGUUUAUUUAGGCCCACGGUACAGAAGAAGGGACAAACUACCACCAGGGUCAUAAAACUACCUCUGGAAAUAACCAAAACUCCUACGAAAGCCCUGUCAAAUAUUCUUACCUUUCUCUUACCUAGUCAACCGUAUAGGAAGACUGCAAGAAGCUCCUAUAUUGAUUUCCCUUACCUUUCAAAACUGUAAGGAAAGUGAAAAACAAGCUCCGAAGGGAAGGCAAAGUGAAAACAGACAGCCUUACCCUUUCCUUAUCAUUCAAACUGUAAGGCAAGACUCUGAAUAACAUACUUGUGUACUGUAAGGCAAGAUACAGUACUCAUAGAUAGCUUACCUUUUUCUUACCCAUUCAAACUGUAAGGCAAGACUCUGAAUAACCAACCCGUGUACUGUAAGGCAAGAUACGGUGCCUUCCUUUACCUACCGAAACAAGGAAGGACUUACUAACGGGUUCCUAAGGCAAGACAAGGUGAAAACAGACAGCACUGCCCUUCCCUUACGCACCCAGGCCGUAAAGCAGGGCGCAGGUCAAGACUUCAAGGUGGCAGGCAUGACGUACCAGAGGGAGUGGGGGGGACAGAGGGCCUCGUAUGCGGGGUUCGGAAUCACACUACCCAUCAUGUGUCCCCCGUGCCACGCCUUGUCCACUCCGCCCUCCCCGCCUGAGGCCAACCCCUCGAUCCUCUCCAGCUCCGCCCCCUCCACCUUCCACUUCCCCACCCCGCCCGACACCUGCGACAACCCCACCACUUUGUUCCCCCACAGAAGCCUCUCCUAUAAUUGCAUGGAUCUGGUCCGGCAGCACUUGGGCCACGUCGAGAACCGGCUCUUCGAGAUGUUCGGCGACAAGGAGAAGCAGACCAUCAACAUAAAUAAGUUCCUCAUGGGACUGACGGCGACAGGGAUGCGGCCCACCGACCCUCGCCUCAAGCAGACCCGGGACAACCUCAAGAAGCUGCAAGACAACCUGGGCACCGAAUUCGUCACCCUCGAGGUUGACUACGACACUUUCAUGAGCAUCAUCUCGGAGAACCUGGAGGUGGUGGUUCGCGCGUUCUCUGGCUCCUUCGUCAUCCCAGACUUCCAGGGAUUCUGUAAGCAGAUUGAAGACAUUUACACCCUCUGCCACGCCAACCACUCCGGCAGGCCCGCUCACUACAUCCCUCAACUGGCUCGCUUCAGCUCCAAGUGUUGGGGUGUUUCCGUGUGCACCGUGGACGGCCAGCGCUUCUCCCUGGGCGACGUGGAUGUGCCCUUCACCAUACAGUCCUGCAGCAAGCCUUUGACUUACGCCAUCGGCCUGGCUCUGAACGGCACUGAGUACGUGCACAAGUAUGUCGGGAUGGAGCCCUCGGGACGCUACUUCAAUGAACUGGUCCUUGAUUAUAACAACAAGCCUCACAACCCGAUGAUCAACUCCGGGGCCAUCAUGACAUCGGCGAUUAUCAAGCCUGAACUCUCGGCGGCAGACCGGUUUGACUAUAUGUUCAAGGUGUACAAGCGCCUGGCCGGGGACGAGUAUCUGGGCUUCAACAACUCGGUCUUCCUCUCAGAAAAAGAAUGCUCGGACCGCAACUUCGCGCUCGCCUACUUCAUGAGGGAGAACAAGUGCUUCCCGCCUAACCACAAGCUGCACGAGUCCCUGGAUUUCUACUUUCAGCUCUGUUCAAUGGAGAUCACGGCGGAGUCCGGGGCGGUGAUGGCGGCCACACUAGCUAACGGCGGCCUCAACCCCCUAACCGGCGACCCAGUGCUCACCGUGGACGCCAUACGGAACACACUCACCCUCAUGCACUCCUGCGGGAUGUAUAACUACUCGGGACAGUUCGCCUUCCAAGUUGGGUUGCCGGCGAAGUCAGGUGUAUCAGGUUGUGUCCUCCUGGUCGUCCCUAACACCAUGGGCAUCUGUCUCUGGUCGCCGCCCCUCGACUCCAAUGGGAACUCCUGCCGUGGGGUCCAGUUCUGCAUGGAAAUGGUGUCUCGCUUCAACUUCCACAACUUCGACAACCUGAGAGGCUACUCGAAGUCCAAGCAGGACCCGCGCACCACCAAGGCUGAGUCCAAGGCGCAAAUCCUCUUUGACCUCCUCUUCUCCGCUGCCGCCGGGGACAUCUCAGCGCUCAGACGCCACUCCCUCGCGGGCACGGACAUGCAGGCAAAGGACUACGACGGCCGCACCGCCCUCCACGUGGCCACCUCGGAGGGGCAUGACGAAGUGGUGGACUUCCUCGUCAACAGGUGCAACGUCUUCCCACUGCCCAAGGACCGAUGGGACAGGACGCCACUGGACGACGCCGAGAGCUUCGACCGCCCCGUUUGUCUCCGGAUCAUCAAGGAAUGCUGCAAGAGGAAAAACAUCGAGCUGCCAAUAUCCUACAAAGACUUCAUGGCGCUCAACAACCAGACUAGCGGGAUGCUGGUGGCCCCUCAAAGCACUUAAAGACACUAGGAUAUGUUUUGUACUUAGGUCUGGUGCCACGGUGUAAAUACAUGUCAGUUGAGGGCAUCGUAUUGUCGCUCGCACAUCAGAAAAAGGUUAACAGGAAAGGAGGGAGGGAGAGCAUGUGCAGAGAGUGUUGAGGAAAGGUUGUUAUUGUCGGUCAUACAUCAGUCUUAUAUGGAUGUAGGAAAGGAUAGUGUGUGUAAGGCAAGUUGAGGAAAUGUUGACGUUGUAAUAAAGGAGCCAUAUUGUCAGUCACACAUCAGUUAGGUUAGUAUGGAAGAAAGGAAGGGAUAGCAUGUGUAUGGUACGGGUAGGCGGUGGCUGAGUGGUAUCGUGCGGGCCCAGCAUUCAUCACGUCAUGGACAACGUCGAUUCGAAUCCCCACGCUACCACCUGGGAUUUUUCAGUCACCGCCGAGUGGCCUAAGACUACCCACAUGCUGUCCUGAAGACCACCCAUCAACCCGGACUCUAGAAGAAACCGUCCAAGUGAAAAGUGAAUAAAAAAAUGAGUUCCGGGGGGCAGCAUGAGCCAAGUAUAGGUGGCGCCACUAUAAAAAAAAAAUUGCCUGCGCCAUGACGGGCCGCUAUAGGCAGGGAUAUAAAAAAAAGUCACGCAUCAGAUAAAGACUAAUAUGGAAGAAGGGAGGAAUAGUGCAUCUAGUGGGUGUUGAGGAAGUGUUGAUACUGAAAUAAAGGUACGAUAGAGUCAAUCAUAAACCAGUUAAAGCUAAUAUUGAAG